GCGGGAACGCGCCCGGCGCUGCCUCGCGCCGCGCCUCGCCGCCCCUCCCUCGUUCCCUCGCGGUGGGCCGCGGGCGGCGUACGGUGGGCCCGCCUCCGCCAUGGUGCUGGAGUCGGUGGUGGCGGAUCUGCUGAACCGCUUCCUGGGCGACUAUGUGGAGAACCUGAACAAAUCCCAGCUCAAGCUGGGCAUAUGGGGGGGUAAUGUCGCACUUGACAACUUACAAAUAAAGGAGAAUGCAUUAAGUGAACUGGAUGUGCCUUUCAGAGUCAAAGUUGGACAGAUAGAUAAACUGACUCUGAAGAUUCCUUGGAAGAACUUGUAUGGUGAAGCAGUUGUUGCAACUCUAGAAGGCUUGUAUCUUCUUAUAGUUCCUGGAGCAAGCAUUAAAUACGAUGCAGAGAAGGAAGAAAAGUAUUUGCAAGAUAAUAAACAAAAGGAGCUGACCAGAAUUGAGGAAGCCUUGCAGAAAGCAGCCGAAAAAGAUAAACCAAAGGAGGAGAAGAAAGAUACUUUCUUGGAAAAACUUGCAACUCAAGUUAUAAAAAAUGUCCAAGUCAAGAUUACAGACAUUCAUAUUAAAUAUGAAGAUGAUGUCACAGAUCCACAGUGUCCGAUUUCUUUGGGAAUGACAUUGGGCGAGCUUAGUUUAUUGACAACAAAUGAGAACUGGCAACCUUCAAUUCUAAGUGAUGCUACAAAAGUAAUUUACAAGCUUUUAUGCUUGGACAGCCUCAGUGCUUAUUGGAAUGUACACAGCAAAAUGUAUUAUCAUGGCUCCCAUGAACAAAUACUGGAUCAACUGAAAAGAGGAAUUCCAUAUGGUGAUAACCAGCCUCAAGGCUAUGAGUACAUUUUUAGACCAGUAUCAGCCUCUGCAAGAGUUUUUAUCAACCCAAAUGCAGAAGUGGAACUGAAAACUCCCAAGCUUGAUUGUAAUGUAGAAGUACAGAGAAUUGCUAUUGAGCUCACAAAGCCACAGUACCUCAGCAUGAUUGACCUUCUGGAAUCCAUAGAUUACAUGGUUCGCAAUGCACCAUACAGAAAAUUUAGGCCAAAUGUACCUCUCCAUAAAAAUGCCAGACAAUGGUGGAAGUAUGCAGGUGACAGCGUUCUUGAAGUUCAUAUCAAAAGAUGUACUCGUAUGUGGUCAUGGAAUAACAUAAAACAACAUAGGCAGCUUCUGAAGAGUUACAGAAACGCAUACAGGAACAAACUGACACAGAACAAACUGUCAGAAGAAACACAGAGACAAAUUCAGGACCUAGAAAAAAAGCUUGAUGUCUUCAAUAUAGUCCUAGCAAGACAACAGGCACAAGCAGAGACAAUAAGAUCAGGUCAGAAACUACUGAAGAAGAAAGGCACUGAACUUGAAAAAAAGAGUGGAGGAUGGUUUAGUGGUUUCUGGGGUAGGAGAGAAUCAAGUAAAAAGGAAGAUGAAGAGUCAUCUGUUCCUGAAACUAUCAAUGAACUAAUGACACCGGAAGAGAAGGCUAAGCUUUUUACUGCUAUUGGCUAUAGUGACAGCUCCUAUCACCUUUCCUUACCAAAACAGUAUGUUGCCCAUAUUGUGACAUUGAAGCUGGUAAGCACUUCUCUUACAAUUAAAGAAGACCAGAAUGUGGCAGAAACUCUUAAAGUACAGAUAAUUGAUUUGAGUACAAAAAUAUCACAACGCCCAGGAGCACAAGCCAUUAAGGUAGAAGCAAAGCUUGAAAACUGGUACGUUACAGGCCUGAGACAAGAAAACAUUAUACCAUCUCUUGUGGCUUCCAUUGGGGAUAGCAAGUCUUCUCUACUGAAGAUAGAGUUUAAUACUAACCCAGAAGAUAAUACUGCUGAUCAAAGUCUUAGUAUUGAAUCACAGCCUGUGGAAAUAAAAUAUGAUGCACGAACAGUAAAUGCAAUGGUAGAAUUCUUCCAGACAAGUAAGGGAAUGGAUCUUGAAAGAUUAACAUCAGCCACGUUAAUGAAGCUUGAAGAAAUCAAGGAAAGAACUGCUACAGGAUUAGUUCAUAUUAUCGAAAUGAGGAAAGUCCUCGACUUGAAGAUUCAUCUGAAACCUUCCUACCUUGUGAUUCCACAGACAGGUUUCUACCAUGAAAAUUCGAAUUUGCUGAUCUUGGACUUUGGUACAUUUCAGCUAAACAGCAUAAAUCAAGGCAGUAGUGAAGCUUCUAGUUUUUCAUCUUUAGAGGAGAUUAUGGACAAAGCUUAUGACAAGUUUGAUGUGGAAAUAAAAAAUGUGCAACUUCUUUUUGGAACAGCAGGUGAAGACUGGAAGAAGGCUCGUUUUCAGCAUUCAUCAACUUUACAUAUGUUACAACCUAUGGAUAUUCAUAUACAGCUGGCAAAAUCAAUGGUGGAAAGAGAUACAAGAAUGGCAAAGUUUAAAGUGUCAGGAGGGCUUCCUUUGAUGCAUAUCAGGGUUUCUGACCAGAAAAUCAAGGCAAUUUUUGAUCUGAUUGAUAGCAUUCCAUUGCCUCAGAUGUCAUCUGUUUCAAUUCCAAGCACAAAGGCAGCAACUAUUCCCACAAUUCCUGCUGAUGCCGAAGGGUUGCUUCCUACACGCCACUUCUUAGCAGAAAUGGUGUCAGACUCUGAAGAAGAAUAUUUUGAUUUUGAAGAAAGUUGUGAACAAAGCGAUAGGACACUAAGAAAAGGAGAAGAAAUAGGAAGCAAGGAAUCUUCUAAAGAGGAACUGACAGAUCUUCAACUCAAGUUUGAAAUUAAAGAGGUUUUGUUAGAACUCACCAAGCAAGAAAAAACUGAGGAAACAGUACUUGUGUUUGAUGUAAUGCAUCUUGGGACAGAAGCAACUGUCAGAACGUUUAAUUUAGCAGCUGUAUCAUAUUUGAAGACAAUAAGCCUGGAUUACUAUGAAAUUGGAGGUAAAAAAGCACCCCUUCAUUUAAUUAGUUCAUCAGAUAAGCCUGGCUUAGACCUUCUGAAGGUGGAAUAUAUCAAGGCUGACAAAAAUGGUCCACACUUUCACACCGGUUUUGACAACACUGAACAGAAGAUUCAAGUAGCUUUUUCAUCACUUAACAUUCUGCUGCACACAAAGGCCCUUAUGUCUGCUGUCAGUUUUCUAGCAACUGUUAGUCCAUCAGGAAGUAGAAGCAGCAGAGAGACGUCAACUAAAGAAGAAAAGCAACGAGAUGACCUUACAUUAAAGAAAGUGACGAGACCUUCUAAGGAUAAGGAUGUCUUUGCCUUCAAGAUUUUUGCCAAGCUGGAUGCUGUUUGUUUAAAUCUUUGUGAUGAUAAAAAGAACAUUGCAGAAAUCAAGAUUCAAGGUCUUGAUUCAUCUCUUCUUCUUCAGUCAAAUCAAACGGAUUUCUUUGCCCGACUUAAAGACAUAGUUGUCACAGAUGUUGAUACAAGGACCCUUCAUAAAAAAGCUGUGUCUAUAGUAGGAGAUGAAGUUUUCAGUUUCAGUCUGGUAUUAUAUCCAUAUGCUACUGAGGGAGAAGCCUAUACUGAUAUGUCAAAAGUGGAUGGUACCGUAUCUUUGAAAGUAGGCUGUAUUCAAGUAGUAUACCUUCACAAAUUUCUUGUAUCUUUGCUGAUCUUUUUGAACAACUUUCAGACAGCUAAGGAGGCUCUGAGUGCUGCUACAGUCCAAGCUGCAGAAAAGGCUGCUACCAGUGUAAAAGAUCUGGCUCAAAGGAGCUUUCGACUUGCUAUGGACAUUCACUUAAAAGCACCAGUUAUAGUCAUUCCUCAGUCCUCAGUUUCCUUCAAUGCUAUAGUAGUAGAUCUUGGCUUGAUUAAGGUUCAGAACCAGUUUAGCUUGGUGUCUCCAGAAGGCAAUUUGCUUCCUCCAGUCAUUGACAAAAUGGAUGUGCAGCUGACUAAGCUGAAACUGUCUAGAACCACUAUGGAGACAGGCUUAUCACAUCAGGACAUUCAGAUACUUCACCCAAUUAAUUUGAGCCUUUCUGUCCAUCGAAAUCUAGCUGCAACUUGGUUUCACAAAUUGCCAAUAUUGGAGAUCACAGGGUAUCUGGAUACAAUGAAUGUUGUAAUAAGUCAAGAGGAUUUGAAUGUCUUCCUCAAAGUGUUGACAGAAAACCUUGAUGAAGCAGAACAAACUAGUGCAAAACAAAUACUGCAAGAGGAAGGUAAAAUCAAAGGAAUGGAGAAAUCGACCUUGAUGCAGAGUAAGGGUGUUCCAGAAGGAAUACUGUCUGAAAAGAGAAAAGGAACAUUAAGCGAAGAUGUUAUCAAUGUGCUGCUUAAUUUUGAAAUCAAAGAGGUUGUAAUAACCCUGAUGAAGCAAGUUCAGAAGGAGAGGUAUCCAUUACACAUUCUGAACGUAUUACAGCUUGGAACCAAAACCAAAAUCAGAAAUCAUGAAUUGACUGCAGCAGCAUAUCUGAAAAAAAUCACUAUGAGAUGCACUGAAAUAACUGACUCAAAUGGAGAUCCUCUCUGUAUUAUUAACUCUUCAAGUAAGACAGACGAACCUCUUCUGAAAAUGGAAUACAUUAAGGCUGAUGAAGAUGGACCUGAUUUUGUUACUAUUUACAAUAGCACCAAGCAAAACAUUGAUGUCGUCUUUUCAUGUUUGGAUAUAGUACUUCACACAGAGGCUUUAAUUUCCAUCAUGAGUUUUCUCACUUUCAGUGUUCCAUCAGGUGCUUCUCCCAGCACUGAUAAAGCACCAGACCACAAGUCUCAAACAGAGGAAAAAGAAAAAGGAAGUGUCCUCAGACCAGCAUCUGGUAGCACAACCCAUGACAAUAUCUGUGAAUUGAAACUUACUGCAAAUCUGAAUGCCUUCAAUAUUUCAAUCUGUGAUCAGACUUGUAGAAUUGCAGAUAUUAGAAUACAAGGAAUGGAUGCAUCUGUAGCUGUGAAAACUAAAAAGAUAGAAGUGUUUUCCAGACUUGAGGACAUCAUAAUUACAAAUGUUGAUCCAAAAACAAUCCAUACAAAGGCUGUCUCCAUAAUGGGAGAUGAAGUCUUCAGAUUUCAAAUGUCACUUUAUCCAGAUGCUACUGCAGGGGAAGCCUAUGCUGAUAUGUCAAAGGUGGAUGGUAAAAUGUCUCUGAAAGUGGGCUGCAUCCAAAUAGUUUAUCUGCAUCAAUUCUUCAUGUCUCUCUUGAACUUCCUAAACAACUUCCAAACUGCCCGAGAAGCCCUGAAUGCAGUCACUGUCCAGGCGGCGGAAAUGGCUGCUUCCAGCAUGAAAGACUUUGCUAAGAAGAGUUUCCGUCUCUUAAUGGAUAUUAACUUGAAAGCUCCAGUUAUAGUUGUUCCUGAAUCUUCAACUUCCUGUAAUGCUUUGGUAGCUGAUCUUGGCUUAAUCAGGGUUCAGAAUGAAUUUAAAUUAGUGUCUUCAGAUGAAUCUUCUCUUCCUCCGGUCAUUGACAACAUGGACGUGCAGCUAACUCAUUUGAAACUGUCAAGAUGCGUUUUAUCUGCAGAUUCUCAACCAGAUUCUGAAAUUCUCUGUCCUCUGAGUUUGACUUUACUGGUCCAGAGAAAUUUAGCAGCAACUUGGUAUCAUAAAACCCCAGCAAUUGGAAUCAAAGGAGAUCUGAAACCAAUGCAGAUAGCUCUCACUCAAGGUGAUCUAGCUGUUGUCAUGAAAAUUCUACUUGAGAACCUCGGAGGGGCUUCUUCCCAGCCAGAUACCUUGCAGCAGAGCAUUGAAGAUAACCAGAUGGUUAAGAAAGAGAAGGUUCCAAAUGAAUCUGAUAUCUCUAACGGACAAGAAGAAAUUCCUACAUCUCAGUCUUCUGCAGAAUGUUAUACAAUGCUUACAUUUGACUUCAAUUUUGAGUCACUUUCAGUAACUCUCUACAAUAGUGACAUGGAUCAGAAGUCCCUGCUUCCACUGCAUAAUGAGAAAUUAUGCCUUGGUGAACUCCGACUACAUCUCAUGGCAUCAUCAGGGAAGAUACUCUCUGAUGGCUCAAUGGAUGUGAAUGUUAAACUUAAGGCAUGCACCUUGGAUGAUCUCAGAGAAGGAAUUCAGAAUGUGACAGCAAGAAUGAUAGACAAGAAAGAUAACGCGAAUGACAGUUCUAUGAUAGAUUUGAGUUACAAACAGGAUAAAAAUGGAACUGAAGUUGUUGCUAUCCUUGACAAGCUAUACGUGUGUGCCAGUAUGGAGUUUUUGUUGACAGUAGCAGAUUUUUUCAUUAACUCCAUGCCAACAUCCUCAACAGAAAGAUCAACACAACUCCAUUUGAAGAAUGUUACUUCUGGUAAAUCAAAGCCAGAAACAGAAACGCCUUUUCGGCCAAAUAUGAAAGUAAAAGCUGUGAUCAUGGAUCCAGAAAUUGUGUUUGUUGCUAAUUUGACCAGUGCUGAUGCCCCUGCCUUGAAAGUUUCCUUCCAAUGUGACUUUUCUCUGACAUCAGGAAAGCUUGCACAGAGGAUGACUGCUCAAGUGAAGGACUUCAAAGUAUUGGCUUGUGCUUUCCUCAGAGAAAAACAGGACAAGAAUGUAACUAAGGUGUUACAACCAUGUUCUUUGGUCAUGGAAAAUAUGAUGCAUGUUUCAGGGUUGCAGACUGUGGUUGUAACAAUAGAAGAGCUUACUAUAAAGAUCUCACCAAUAAUUCUGAAUACUGUGGUGACCAUUAUGGCUGCCAUAAAACCAAAAACAACAGAGGAGGAUUCUAAAGGAGCAGCUGAAGUUCCUGAAGAUUUGUGGCAAGUGAAGCCUAUAGAUCAGUGCAAUGCUUGGUUUCUUGGUGUUGAUGUAGCUACAGAAGCAACAGAAACUUUUAAGGACCAUGAACAUGCUGUGAAACAAGAGAAAUUCGACAUUGUAGUGAAAUCUGUUCAGAUGACCUUGGAAUGUGGUCUGGGGCAUCGUACUGUCCCUUUAUUGUUAGUAGAAUCUGUAUUUUCUGGUGUCCUUAAGAACUGGUCCUCAAUGAUGGAAGUCUCUGCUGACAUGUCACUGGAGAUUCAUUACUACAAUGAAACGUAUGCAGUAUGGGAACCUCUAAUUGAAAGAAUUGAAGGAGGAAAGAAGCAAUGGAGUUUAAAGCUGGAAAUGAAGACUAACCCUGUCCAAGAAAGAAGUUUGAUGCCUGGAGAUGAUUUCAUUGUUUUUCCUGAGCCACAAACUGCAGUUAACAUCUCUUCAAAGGAUACAAUGAAUAUAACAAUAUCCAAAUGUUGUCUUGCUGUAUUCAGUAAUUUAGCCAAGGCAUUUUCAGAAGGGACUGCAUCUACAUUUGACUAUUCCUUUAAAGAUACAGCUCCUUUCAUAGUGAAAAAUGCCCUCGGUGUUCCUCUCAAAGUCUUUCCUGGCUCCAGUUUUCGAAUUGUUAAUUCAGCUGAAAAAGAAAACGUGCACUCUGUAGGAAGUGGUCAGAACAUGGAACUGGAAUACUUGGUUUUUGAAGCUCCUCAACGCAGAAAGCUGUCUGCCUUGUACCGACAGGAGAGCUCCAUUUUCUCUUUAAAUUUAGAACUGGAAGGAUACGAAAGAGUGGUAAACAUUCCCAUUGGCAAACCAGGUCGACGACUGUACAACAUAAAAAGCCUUCUUGAUGGUCAUUCAGACUCUAUCAUUGUACAGAUUGAUGCUACAGAAGGAAAUAAGGUUGUUACUGUACGAUCUCCUCUCCAGAUUAAGAACCAUUUCUCUAUCCCAUUUGUAAUCUAUAAACUGACUAGUGACUAUAGAUUGCUGGAGCCAAUUGGCGCAUCCAAGCCUGAAGAGGAAUUUCAUGUUCCUUUACAUUCAUACAGGUGUCAUCUGUAUGUUAGACCAACGGGAAUUUUAGAGGGUCAGUUUAGAGAGUCCACAACUAACACUGCCUGGAGAGAAGAGCUACAUAGGAGCAAUGAAGUAAAGUGUUUGUUACAAUGUCCGGCCACCGAGAAAAAUUUCUUGCCUCUAAUAGUCAGCACAACAGCAGUACCCGAUCAGUUAAACCAUAUUUCAGCAUAUGGAGAGGAGUGGGAUCCUGCAUAUAUUAUCCACCUUCACCCUACACUGACUGUGAGGAACCUUCUGCCAUACUCCUUGAGAUAUUUACUGGAGGGAACAGCAGAAGCUCAUGAAUUGCUGGAAGGGAGUGCUGCAGAUGUUUUUCAUUCCAGAAUCAAUGGGGAAAUAAUGGAGCUUGUGUUGAUGAAAUACCAAGGCAAAAACUGGAACGGCCAUCUUAAAAUUCAUGAAGGGAUGCCUGAAUUUUUUUCAGUAUGUUUUACAUCACAUUCUGCAACAGUGAUGACAGUGGACUUGUACAUACAUAUCAGGCGAAUUGGAAGUCGUAUGAUCCUGUCUGUCUUCAGUCCAUACUGGAUAAUCAACAAAACUUCUCGUAUUCUUCAGUAUCGAGCUGAAGACAUUCAUGUGAAGCAUCCGGCAGAAUACAGAGAUAUUGUUCUGUUCUCCUUCAAGAAGAAAAAUAUUUUCAGUAAAAAUAAGAUCCAGUUAUCUAUUUCAACAAGCACUUGGUCCAGUAGCUUUUCCCUUGAUACUGUAGGAAGCUACGGAUGUGUCAGGUGUUCAGCUAAGAGCAUGGAGUAUCUGGUUGGAGUCAGUAUCAAAAUGAGCAGUUUUAACCUUACAAGGAUAGUUACCUUCACUCCAUUCUACACGAUAGCAAACAAAUCUUCUCUGGAACUAGAAGUUGGUGAAAUUGGUCCUAAUGGUUCUUUUCCAACAAACAAAUGGAAUUAUAUCUCAUCUUCAGAGUGUCUUCCAUUCUGGCCUGAAAACUCAUCUGGUGAACUUUGUGUAAGAGUAGUUGGCUUUCAUAGUGUGUCCAAACCAUUCCUCUUUCAAGUCCCAGAUAAUGGCACUCUGUUGAGGCUGGAAGAAUUGACAGGGGGCUUAUUGGUAGAGGUGAAUGUGUCAGAGCACUCUACUCUUAUAAGCUUCUCAGAUUACCAUGAGGGAGCUGCCCCAGCUCUUAUUGUUAACCAUACUUCAUGGGACUCCCUCAGAUAUAAACAGAGUGGAUUACAGGAGGAAAUGGAGUUGAAACCAAAGCAAGUAUGCCUGUUUGCGUGGACAGAUCCAACUAAAACAAGAAAAUUGGCUUGGAGCUACACUCAAAGCUUUGGUGAACAUGAUCUACUGAAGGAUGAAUGUGGGCAAUUUCCAUAUAAUGCAAAUACUCAGAUACACUGGGUUUCCUUCCUGGAUGGUCGCCAACGAGUGCUGCUCUUCACAGAUGAUGUUGCGUUGGUUUCCAAAGCAUUACAAGCUGAAGAGCUAGAGCAACCUGACCAAGAAAUAACCUUGUCAAUUCACAGUCUGGGACUUUCUCUUGUUAACAACGAAAAUAAAAAAGAAAUCUCUUACAUAGGAAUUACUAGUUCUGGUGUUGUCUGGGAAGAAAAACGGAAACAGAAAUGGAGGCCGUUUAAUCAAAAACAAAUAAACCUAUUGGAACAAGCUUAUCAAAAGUAUAUUUCUAAGACUGCUUUCCAAGCUCCAGGUUGGCAUAAACUAGACAGCGCUACAGAGGUGAAUUUUAGUAAGGUCCCGAUGGAAAUGCGCCUCCCAGUUAGAUGCAGCAUCCGACGUAACUUCCUAUCAGGAAUUCAAGUUGAAUUCAAACAGUCACCUCACCAAAGAAGCUUACGGGCUCAAUUGUAUUGGCUACAGGUUGAUAAUCAGUUACCAGGAUCGAUGUUCCCUGUCGUGUUUCACCCAGUAGCCCCUCCCAAGUCAAUUGCUUUGGAUUCAGAACCAAAACCGUUCAUUGACAUCAGUGUUAUCACUAGGUUUAACGAAUACAGCAAAGUGCUGCAAUUCAAGUACUUCAUGGUUCUUAUCCAGGAAAUGGCGCUGAAAAUCGACCAAGGGUUCUUAGCAGCACUUAUUGAACUUUUCACUCCAUCUACAGAUCCAGAAGCUGAAAGACAGAGGUCUAAACUAAUUCAGCAAGAUGUGGAUGCACUUAGCACUGAACUAAUGGAGACUUCCUUAACAGACUUGUCAAUGCUGAGCUUUUUUGAGCUUUUUCAUAUUUCUCCAAUUAAGUUGCAUUUGAGUCUGUCUCUGGCUUCUGGUGGAGAAGCAUCAGAAAAGAGUGAAGAAAUGAUAGCCAUCCAUUCUCUUAAUUUACUGUUGAAAAGUAUUGGGGCUACUCUAACAGAUGUGGAUGAUCUUAUUUUCAAACUUGCGUACUUUGAAAUUAAAUAUCAGUUCUACAAAAGAGACCAACUGAUGAAGAGAGCUGUUAGGCAUUAUAGUGAGCAGUUUGUGAAAGAAAAACAGCUUUUACUUUCUGUUCCAUUAGGUGGUGCUGCAGGGGUGGUGUCUAGGAUCACUGGUUCUGUUGGGAAAGGUUUAGCAGCCAUUACUAUGGAUAAGGAAUAUCAGCAAAAACGGAGAGAGGAAAUGGGUCGUCAGCCAAGGGACUUCAGCGGCAGCCUGGCUAAGGGAGGAAAAGGCUUUUUACGGGGUGUUGUUGGGGGUGUGACAGGAAUAAUUACUAAACCUGUGGAAGGGGCUAAAAAAGAAGGCGCAGCUGGAUUCUUUAAAGGAAUUGGAAAGGGACUUGUAGGAGUGGUUGCCCGCCCAACAGGUGGCAUUGUAGAUAUGGCAAGCAGUACCUUCCAGGGAAUUCAGAGGGUGGCAGAAUCAACAGAAGAAGUACCUAAUCUCCGCCCUCCACGUUUCAUUCAUGAAGAUGGCAUUAUCCGGCCAUACGAUAGGGUGGAAGCCGAGGGUUAUGAUUUAUUUGAGAAAUUGCACUUAAGAAAGCUGGAAAAAGAGAACUACCGGUACCACUGUGAGCUUCCAAAAGGCAGAAGGGCAAACCUUAUUGUUACCAAUAGGAGGGUUAUAUGUGUAAAAGAGGUGGAAAUCUUAGGUCAUUUAACAGCAGAGUGGGAUUACUUAUUUGAAGACUUUACGCGCUGUCCUACCUGUGAAGGAAGUGUUUUAAAACUAACUGUUUUGGAUCAAGGGAUGUUCCAAAGGAAGGACAACAUACGCCAUAGUUGUGAAAAGGCAAUUCAACUUCGGGAUGAAGCUACAGCAGUGAGCGUUUGUGUUGCCAUUGAGGAAGCAUGGGCAACAAGAAAACAACAAAAGCUGGUGAUACAAGCAUCGCUGCGGUUGAAGAAACCACAAAUGCUGUCUUGAUAAUAACAGGAUCUGUUCGGUUUGACUUUGACAUAUGAUCUUAUCACUAAAAUUGAUUAGAAGAAACAUAGAAACGUUUUGCUGAAACUACAGAUAAAAUAACUGAGAUCUUCCUUUGAUGUUAAUUGUCAUAAACACUUUCUUUUGAAAAGCUGUGUUUUGCCAAAGCUAUGGAUUUUGUUACUUUGAAAUAAGCAUCUAAAAUUUACAACUUGUUAUAAAAGGUUUUCUUACUCUGAAAUGUCCUUUUUCUGCUUUUUUUUUUUUUGUUGUUAAUAGCUUCUUUAAAAUAAAUGGUUAUCUAAUUCAUGCUCUAAGAUUCUGGUUUACAAGCAGAUUGUGGUAAUCGUGCACUUUGCAAACUAAAGUACUUACAAGUAAGUAAUUGAAACUAGUUAAAAACUUAAAAUUAGGUAACAUUCUGUUAAAGAAAGAAGUAUAGACAAUUCAGCUACUAUAAUUUAAUCUAUCUGUUUAGUUUCCCGGAAGUGCUGUGCUGGAUGAACAUAAAAAUGAGUGUGUAAUGAAUGAAAUAGACUGCUGCUGCAUAGAAAUAUUUACUUUAGAAUGUUGUCAUUUAUAUGGCAAAUAUAAAUCUGCACUUUAAAAAUGGAAAAAUACUAUUUACCUGUCAUGAGAAUGUAUAUGUUUUUAUUAUACCACUGUAGAUUAAAGACUUCUCCAGGAGGAACAGUAUAGUUGUUAGAAAACUUUGUAUGCCAAACACAUAAAUCAAAGUAAUUUGUUUUUGGUAUUUCAGUGUAUAGCUAUUUCACUGCAAGGGUACCAUCUAAGUCACUUCUCUGUAUUACUUUCUGUUGCAGUUUCUCAAGGACUGUUAGGAUACAGUUCAGUAAGAUACUUAAGCAUAUUCAGAGCAUAAUUCUUAAUGGGAUGGAUACUACAGACACUAUUGAGACAAGUUGUGUUCUUAACACAAGACAUACACAAGGUAACUGUCUGUGUCAGGGACUAUAUGAGCAAAGGGGUUUUAGUUCAGUGAACUUAGUUUAUUAAGUGCUCUUGCUCAAGUGCCCUUACAUGUACUUACUCUUAAAAAUGUGUUAUUUCCAUCAUAUUUCACUUAGAAGUCAUCAAUGAAUGAUUUGUUUUUUUCUCUUUUUACUUUAUUACUAUAUCAUUUUGUACUAGAUAGGAACUCAUAAUAAAAAUGGCAAUAUUCUUGCAUAGAUUAUUCUGUAAAUGGAGCAAUUGUGAGAGUUAGGCCUGGGUUGUUGACCUUUCCUAAUAUUUAAGGACUGGUGGAUUCUAUAAAUAUGUUCUGAGCUCACAGCUAUGAUCUCAUGAAAAUUAGAAAGCUGAAGAACAUUGAUCCAAUUGAAGAUAGUUGAACCUAAUUAAGAUAGUUGAAUCCAAUUUACUAUGAGAGGGGAAGAAAUGCGGUAUGACACUUGUUGUUGAUUCUGUGGUGACACCUAUUUUCUACGCUCUACUUAAACAUUGAUGAAAUCAGCUACCUAAGUUGUAUGUAUUUCAAGCAUUGUUUAAAUGAUAUUAUAUAGGGAGACAAUAAAUUUUUAUAUGCAAUUAUUUGUGCCAUGAUUUUAAUGACGUUGUUUCAGAAGUGCAUUAUAUGUUGCUGGUUUGCUGCUUGUCCCUGAUACCAUCUGGAAAAAAAGAUAUUGGACUUCAGUGUACAGCACGAGAGUUAUCUGGAGCCCUGUGUUUCCUUGGGUUUGAUGUCUGGGAUAUAAGAAGUGAUUCAGAUGUGUAUCAUAGAAUGGCUUAGGUUGGAAGGGACCUUAAAGAUUGUCUAUUUCCAAACCUUCCUGCGGUGGGGUUGCCACCCACUAGAUCAGGCUGCCCAGAGUCCCAUCUGAUCUUACCUUGAAUGCCUCCAGGGAUGGGGCAUGGACAGUGUCUCUGGAAAACUCAUUCCAGCGCCUCAUCACCAGCCUUCUGAGUAAAGAAUUUCUUCCUAACUUCUAACCUGAAUUUCCAUUCUUCUAGUUUAAAGCCGUUCCUGGUAACCCAUCUGCCUGUAAGACCAUGUAUAAGUUGGGUCUCCUCAAGUACUGAAGACUGCGAUGAAGUCUCCCCAGAGCCUUCUCUUUUACUAGCUAAACAAGCCCAGAACUGUACUGUGCUGUCUUUUAAUCUUAGCUGAAAACAGAUUACAAUUUGCGUGUUUUAGUCCGUGUUUAGAAGUUACUAUGUGCCUUUUUUGGGGUGGAGAAUAUG